AUGGCCGUGCAGCUUGCCGUGAGGGCGGCGGCGAGGCUCUUCUUCGCGGUGGAAGCUGCGACGGUCUGGGACGUGCUCACGUCCUGGGGCUCGGCGUGGUCGCUGUGGCAGGUGGUGGCGGCGGCGUCUCCAGUGCCGGUCUGGGGCAGCCUCCUCACUUCGGCGUCCGGUUCCGGCGGUCCGACGGCCGGAUCCGCGUGGAUCUCCGGCGGGCCGCGCCUGGGCGGGUGCUGGGCGGCGGUGGCGGCGGCUCCUGUCCAAGACGCUGCGGAUCCGCGGGUUCGGCGCGGCUGCGUCGCCAAGGGCCAGGUGGGUCUGGCGCUUGUGGUGAAUGGAAAGUCCUGGGAUCAUGCUGUUGGGGUAAUCUGUGUACAGGAAGCCGGUGGUCAGACCAGUGAUUGGAGUGGAAAACCAUUGGAUCUUGCAGCUGACCUAACAUCGCGCAGAAUCAUCUAUCCGUCAGGCGGUGUUCUGGUGACAAAUGGUGUGCUGCAUGACAAGCUUGUCGAAAUGAUAUCAGCAAAUUACAAUUAG